AUGGCUACAAACAAAGCCGGCUCCUCACUCUACAGCUACACCGUCGCGCCUCACUUGGCCGCUGAAUAUGACGUCCCCUUCGCCGACUUUGCGCUUGCCCAUCCACAGUACAAAGCCUUUGUCAUAGGAGGCUUCGUAUUCACGCACCGCUCUCAUGCCCAACAUCUCCCGGACUCAGCAUCAGACCGCGCCACCAAGAAACACAUUGCUUCCUCAAUGUCUGGCGAGGAAAAACCCUCACACCUAAUGCUAAUCAUCCAACGCGCCCUCGACGACUCAUUUGGUGGAUACUGGGAUUUCCCCGGUGGCUCGCUCGAGCGCACCGAUCAAACUCUUCUUGAUGGCGUGGCGCGCGAGGUCUUUGAAGAAACGGGCUUGCACGUUAGCAAGAUCCGCGACAUAGUUCGCGUCGAUGAGUGGAUUGAGCGUAAAAGUUUGAGGCCGGCGGGUAAAUGGAGUUUUGUGGUUGAUGUGCAUGAGGCGGUUGACACGGUCGAGUGGGAGGAGAAGAUUAGGCUGGAUCCGAGGGAGCAUGGGAAAUGGUUGUGGGUAAACGAGGAAGAGGUUGAGGAGAGCGCGAGACUUCAUAAGGAGGGUGCGCCGUAUAUGUUUGUGGGCGUGCAGGGGGGGACGGCGUGGGAGGCCUUUAGGGUCUAUUUGAGAUUGGAAGACAGGGCGUCGAAGGGAAUUGCAAAUGAGGAUAUUGCUGAAGUUGCGAAGGUGUAA